UGGGUUCCUCGCGCCCUGGCCCUAGGCGGGAGUACCACCGAGCAUACAAGACCCUAGUACAGCCCACGAGCCGCCGUAUACACUAUCCACGCAUCGACUGCCUCAGCCCCUGGUCUCCGUGUACACGUAUCUUGGAAGCCAUUCCCAUAUAUUCUCAUGUGGGCGCUCUUCGUCCGAAAUGGCCCUUGGUUAUGGACAACAGGAACAACAACAACAACAACAACAACAACAACAACAACAACAACAACCGCCCACCAUGAUUGACAUCUCCCCACGCACCACCACCUCCACCUCCACCUCCUCCAAGCGCUCCUCUCGCGUCGAGAAGCCGCGCAGCUCCCACAACAGCCCCAAGGCCCUGCAGCAGCGCCGCCGGACCACCUCUUCCGUCAAAAAGUACGUCGGCCUCGACGACCACUGGGAGAUGAUGUUCGGCCAACAAGACUCGUCCUCCUUCUCUUCCAACAAUCGCCCCGUCAGCUGGCAUCCCACAACGUCGUACUACCCGGAAUCCUACAUCUCCAGCCCGGCCGAUGAUCUGUGCAGCCAAACCGGCUCCUACGGCUUCCCCGACCAGACGUCACCGUAUCCGUCGUCGUCGGCCGUGGCCUACGUCUCAGCCCUGGCCGAGAGGAAACGGAACUAUCCACCGUCGAGCAUCGGGAGCCCUGAUGUGUCGAUGGACCCGACGCCAUUCCCUGUUUGGCAAGACCCUUGCACGCCCGACUCGACGUUCGCCAUGACAUCAUUCCCGCCUAUGGCGUCGCAACAAGACUGGACCUCGAUGGCGGCGGCGCCAUCGGCACAGCCCACCUCGCAUCCCCGCCUCGACUCGAACUCCUCGUCGGAGUUCUCCUCGAUGCAGGCUGACGACAACGCCUCGGACUACAUGGCCGACGACGACGACGACGCAAGGGAGCCCGAGACGGUCCUUGUCGGCAUGGGGCUGUACGACCCGCCCAGCUACGAGUCAAUGCUGACGUCGGGAUUGGGCAAGGGCCUCAAGUUGGAAGAGACGUGGCAGCCACCGGCGGAGAAGGAAAACGGACGACACGGACGACAGCGCCAGCUCUGAGAGCGAGUCGAGCGUCGAGGAGCCGCCCGCCCCCGCUACCGUCGACCG